GUGUCUACAAUGGUCACCGGAGCCGAUCCAACGGCCAUUAAUCGGUCGUCAACCAACAACGCCUUAGUUCAUCAGCACAAGCAACCUUUUUAAUCUCCCCAUCAACGUAUCCAUUCUAAUUUGGCGACCCACAUAAAUCUUUUUCCAAGAUCAAGAUAAAAAAAACCAGUUUUUCUUUAAAAAAAAACCGAAUAAUAAAAAAGCAUAUGCCAUUGAUCCUUAAUGGGUUCUUUUUAACCAUUGUUAACAGACCCUUUUAGCUUCUUUGUUUGUCCACUCAUUUUCACCUACCCUUUUCGUUUCUUGAUCAUAAAGGGUUCUGGAGCUGGUAACUAUAUCCGAUUGAUCGAUCGGUAAUCACCACAUAUGAAAAGAUUGUGAAAUAAUUUUCAAUUUGAAGGAUUUGAAUAUGGGGACAGAUAAGCAGCCUGUUGGUAUACUAGAUACCAUCAACAUGGAGACAGUAAGGACUAUGUUAACCCAUACAUACCCAUACCCACAUGAGCAUUCCCGGCACGCCAUCAUUGCAGUUGUUGUCGGUUGCCUAUUCUUCAUUUCAUCAGACAACAUGCAUACACUCAUCCAGAAGCUAGACAAGAACAUUAAAUGGUGGUCGAUCUACGCGGGUUUACUUGGAUUUUUCUAUUUCUUUUCGUCCCCGUUUGUUGGGAAGACUAUCAAACCGAGUUAUUCAAAUUUCAGUCGAUGGUAUAUCGCAUGGAUAUUAGUGGCGGCUUUAUACCAUCUUCCAAGCUUUCAGUCGAUGGGCGUAGAUAUGAGGAUGAAUUUAUCGCUAUUUUUGACAAUAUUCAUUUCUUCCAUUUUUGUUCUCCUUGUUUUCCAUUUAGUAUUUCUCGGCCUUUGGUAUAUUGGUCUUGUUUCCCGUGUGGCUGGAAGGAGACCUGAGAUCUUGACUGUUCUUCAAAACUGUACGGUAUUAAGUGUGGCCUGUUGUGUAUUUUAUAGCCACUGUGGAAAUCAUGCUUUGAAUGAAACGCCAUUUGGACGGAAAGAUUCGGGCCUGUUUUCACUUUGGAAAAAAAGUGAAGGGGGUGAAUUGCUCGCUAAAUUUCUCAAAAUGUACGAAUUUAAAGAUGAAGUAUGCAAAUCUUGGUUUGCACCAGUUGGGUCAGCCCGUGAUUAUCCACUUCUUUCUAAAUGGGUCAUAUAUGGAGAGUUUUCUUGCAGUGGUCCAUGUGAGUCAUCAGAUGAAAUAUCUCCAAUAUAUUCGUUAUGGGCGACGUUUAUUGGUCUCUAUAUUGCUAAUUAUGUCGUGGAAAGAUCAACAGGAUGGGCUCUUACUCACCCUCUAUCUGUCAAAGAAACCGAGAGGUUGAAGAACAAGCAGAUGAAGCCGAAUUUCUUGGAUAUGGUUCCUUGGUACUCGGGAACGUCAGCUGAUUUAUUCAAGACUGUUUUUGACCUCCUUGUAUCUGUAACUGUUUUCGUGGGACGAUUUGAUAUGCGCAUGAUGCAGGCGGCAAUGAGCGGUGGUCAUGAAGGGGCUAAACAAGAAGAUUUUUUAUACGAACAUUUUAGUGAAAAGGAUAACUUUUGGUUCGACUUUAUGGCUGAUACCGGUGACGGUGGCAACUCUUCUUAUUCUGUUGCUAAACUUCUUGCCCAACCAUCGCUUCAUGUUUGGAAUAACGAUUCGUUGAAUAAAUUGCCUCGUGGGGACCUUCUUCUUAUCGGAGGUGAUCUUGCGUACCCUAAUCCGUCAGCAUUCACUUAUGAAAAACGUCUCUUUCGUCCUUUUGAGUAUGCUCUCCAACCGCCACCAUGGUAUAAAGAAGAACAUAUAGCUGUAAACAAACCCGAAUUACCUCGUGGUGUUUCGGAACUAAAACUAUAUGACGGGCCACAGUGUUUUAUUAUCCCUGGAAAUCAUGAUUGGUUUGACGGACUUCAAACGUUUAUGAGGUACAUUUGUCACAAGAGUUGGUUAGGUGGAUGGUUAAUGCCGCAAAAGAAAAGCUACUUUGCAUUGCAGCUUCCGAAAGGAUGGUGGGUGUUCGGUCUUGAUUUAGCUCUUCACAGCGAUAUCGAUAGUUAUCAAUUUAAGUUUUUCUCGGAGCUCAUACAAGAAAAGGUUAAAGAAAAUGAUUCCGUGAUAGUUAUGACACACGAACCGAGCUGGCUUCUUGAUUGGUACUGGGAUGAUGUCACCGGAAAGAACGUCACACAUCUUAUACGCGAUUAUUUAAAAGGGAGGUGUAAACUUAGAGUAGCUGGGGACUUGCAUCAUUAUAUGCGACAUUCAUAUGUUGAGUCGGAUAAACCGGCAAUAGUGCAACAUUUACUUGUUAACGGGUGUGGUGGGGCGUUUUUGCAUCCCACACAUGUGUUUAGUAAUUUCAAUCAAGCGUAUGGAACGAGUUAUGAGACCAAAGCCGCUUAUCCAUCCACUCAAGAUUCAAGCAGGAUUGCUCUGGGUAACAUAUUGAAGUUCCGAAAGAAAAACUGGCAGUUUGAUUUCAUCGGCGGGUUCAUAUACUUCAUCUUGACCUUUUCAUUGUUUCCACUGUGCAAGCUAGAUCAUAUCUUACAGGACGAUACAUUUUCUGGUCACAUAAAAAGCUUCUUUAGCACAAUGUGGGAUUCUUUUACGUACAUGUUUGGUCAGUCAUAUGUAUCUUCUGCCGGUGCAUUGUUACUGUUGGCUGCCGCAAUCUCAUUUGUCCCUUCGAAAGUUUCCAAGAAAAAGAAAGUAAUAAUCGGAGUCGUGCAUGUUUCCGCUCACCUAGCUUCAGCGUUAGUUCUCAUACUGUUAAUGGAGCUCGGUGUUGAAACCUGCAUCCGGCAUAAUCUUCUGGCAACAUCAGGUUAUCACUCGUUAUAUGAAUGGUAUAGAUCAGUGGAAAGUGAACAUUUCCCGGACCCCACGGGUCUCAGAGCGCGUAUCGAGAAAUGGACUUUCGGUCUUUAUCCUGCAUGCAUUAAAUAUCUUAUGUCAGCUUUUGAUGUUCCCGAGGUAAUGGCUGUGACGAGGACUAACAUAUGCAAAAACGGGAAGGUUUCACUCUCUCGAGGGACUGCGAUUAUAUACUACGCCUCUGUUUUUCUUUACUUUUGGGUGUUCUCGACUCCUGUGGUGUCGCUCGUAUUUGGAAGUUACUUGUAUAUCUGUAUAAACUGGCUUCAUUUGCAUUUUGAUGAAGCGUUUUCGUCUCUACGAAUUGCUAAUUACAAGUCGUUCACUCGGUUUCACAUCAUGGAGGAUGGAAAUCUUGAAGUUUUCACUCUUGCAGUUGAUAAAGUCCCAAAGAAGUGGAAGCUGGAUUCUGAUUGGGAUAAUGAGUUAAAACAACAGCAUCAGUUGAGUCAGCAAAGAAAAUAUCCAAGUAAAUGGAGGGCUGAUUCUUCUCAUCAAGAUCCAGUUAAUACUGUUAAAGUUGUUGAUCAUUUUGUUAUUCAAACUUAUAAAGCAGAAUCAGGGGUAGAAGAUGUGUCUGUUUCUCACUGAUGAGGAAUCUAGUUAGUGGUUUGGUUAAAGUAGGUUUGUAUCACAUGUUCAUUGUAUCUACCACAGUAAAUAUUUGUGUAAAUCUGAAAUAACUAGGUUUUACUCGGUUAGUUAGAUACAA